AUGGGCAGCGGGGCCUCAAAGGCUUGUGGGGCAGAAGACAAGGUUUCGCGGUCUCCAGUGGCAGAAGCCCCGGAGAAGUGCCCUGAGGGCACUGAGGAGAAGAUCGAAGCCGCGACGGACUCGGAAAACUGGGCAUGGACACGAACGAUCUUAGAUCGCUAUCGUGUGACGGGGACGGAUGUCCUGGGCAUCGGCAACUUCAGCAUCGUUCGGAAGGGUUGUGACAUCCCAACAGGUGAGGCGGUCGCAGUAAAGUCGCUGAAGGCUGCCAGUUCCGCGAAGUUCCGAAGGGAGGUGUUCCUCUUCGAGGCCAUUUUCUCGAGUGGUGAUGUCGAUGAGUCUUCUCCGACCAGUCGAAGGGCAUUUAACAGAUCUGCGACAGUUGUGAAGGGGUCAAUGGAAUACGACAGCAAGCGUGCACCCGGCGUCGUUCUGACUCCGAACAAUCUUUUCGUGCAACUUCUGUCGUAUUCAAGCCUGGAUCUGGGCAUGGACGACAGCUGGAGCGUUUUAGAACUGGGUGACUUUACUCUCCAUGACUUGGUCUUGGCAUGUGGAGAUGCGGCGCGAGGGAAGAAGCCCCAUUGCUUGCAGGACGAGGCGCAGUUGCGCAGGGUCCUGGUGCACGUCAACUCUGCUUUAGCCUUCUUACACAGCCGCUGUUUUAUACAUGGGGAUAUGAAACCCUCAAACAUCAUGUGGUUCGGGCAGAAAGAUAGGUGGAAGCUGAUCGACAUGGACGGGUUACGAACCCCGUCAGAAGUGGUGGACAUGAGGGAUGCAGAGUUUUACACGGCGAUUUAUGCCGCCCCGGAAAUUGCCCGGGCUGUGGCCGAUGAUGGGCCGCUGCGCCUUUCACGCCGCCUGGAUGUCUGGUCUGUUGGGCUUUCAGUGCUCGAGAUGAAACUGCUACGCCCCGUCUUCCAGACAAAGUGGGAAGCCUGCUGUGCCGAAGCCAGCAGUGAGGGUGAUACGAAAGGCGGCUUGGACUCCUUCUUCCAGUGGCUGAGUUCGGCAGCAGGCCCGCUGCAAGACGUGAGAAGCCACUUGGAGUCGGAGGGUCUGAAAGCGCUCAGUCCCAUGCUGCUCCUGAACCCCUUGGAGCGCGUGUCCCCAGCGCAGCUCCAGGACCAGCCGGCCCUGAAAGAGGGCUUCGAGGCAUUGCCAAAGCCACGAUUGACUGAGGAAGUGCCUGUGCAGGUGAAGCCGAAGUCGGCGUGGCAGCUCUUCCAAGAAGCACACCGCGCCGAGCUGGUCGACCAGGGCUUUGCUGGACCAAAGAUCGUGCAGGAGCUCCAUCGGCGCUGGAAGCAGCUACAGGCAGAGGGCGGCGAAGAGCUGCGACUGCUAGAAGCCCGCGAAGCGGAGCUGCGCGCCGGUGUCGAA